AUGCGUCAACGUACGAAAAGUGUAGUGAAUGUCCGCGAGUACUUUCGUACGGAUGGAAGUGGUGCACCUGAACAAGAAGAUGAUGAUGAUGCGGAUGAUUGGAUGACAAUUGCAAUGAUGGGUGCCUUCAUUCCAUCAUCCUUUUCAUCUUGUAAACGCAGUCGAAACGUGACCGUUGAAGUGGUGGAAAUCAAGAAAAAGACACGCGCUCGUACAUUAACGUGUGAUUCACUUGCAGACACAGAUGAUGACACAGAUGAUGACGAGGAGGACGAUGGAAUCCUUCGUAUUCGAGCAUGCAGUCAUGAUCGUCGCAUUAGCUUUGAUGAUGAUGUCAAUGUCGUGGAAAUUCCAGCGCGUUCAAGCUUUGAUCCAGAGUACAAACGUCGCGUUUGGUACUCACGUGACGAACUACGUCGUUGUCAAGAGUGUUGCUAG